AUGAAAACUUCAGUUUUGAGUUUGUUGACUAUUGCUGCUGCUGCUUUAGCGGCUCCUGCAUCUCACCAACAUCAUCAACACCACCAACACCAAAAGAGAGCUGUUGUUACUCAAAUUGUUUAUGUUGACUCUAAAGGUAACACUCUUUCCGGUCCAUCUGCUUCAGCUCACCCAGUACUUGCUGAAAUUUCAACUUCAGCUACUAUUCAAGCCCCAGCUGCCGAAACUACCCAAGAUGAAGCAAAAACCACUUCUUCUUCUUCAUCAUCAGUUGAAGAAUCAACCUCAACUGAUGCUCCAGCUUCAUCUGAAACUCCUUCAUCAGGACAAGGUUCAAUUGCCGGUGACUUAUCUGCCUUUGCCGAUCCAUCUGAAAAAUUCCAAGACGGUGUUUACUCAUGUGAUUCCGUUCCAGUUGGUCAAGGUGUUAUCGCUGUUGAUUGGAUUUCAGGUUUAGAGGGAGGUUGGACCACGGUUAUGAAUGAGAAAGGUGAUACUUCAUCAAACUGUAAAGAUGGCUACUACUGCUCAUACGCUUGUCAAGCUGGUAUGUCCAAAACUCAAUGGCCAUCUAAUCAACCAGACAGUGGUAUUUCCGUUGGUGGUUUAUACUGUAAGAAUGGAAAAUUGUAUAGAUCCAACCCCAACGAAGACUACUUGUGUGCAUGGGGAGCAAACAAUGUUGAGUUUGACUCUCAAAUUUCCAAAGAUGUUGCCAUUUGCAGAACUGAUUAUCCAGGUUCUGAAAAUAUGAACAUUCCAACCUUGUUAUCUGCUGGUGGUGAUGCUCCUGUUUCAGUUGUUGAUAGCGACAAUUACUACACUUGGAAGGGAGGUAAAACUUCUACCCAAUACUAUGUUAACAAUGCUGGUGUAUCUAUUGAAGAUGGAUGCAUUUGGGGUACUGCAAGUUCCGGUGUUGGUAAUUGGGCUCCAGUUGUUUUGGGUGCUGGAACCACUGGAGGAAAAACUUACUUGUCAUUGAUUCCAAAUCCUAACAAUAAGGAAAAACCAAAUUACAACGUCAAGAUUGUUGGUGAUGAUGUUAAUGGUGCUUGUAAGUACGAAAAUGGCCAAUACAACGGUAGUGGCUCUGAUGGAUGUACAGUUACUGUCAACUCAGGUAAAGCCAAAUUUGUCUUUUAUUAA